CGGUCAUCAGCUGUUGCUAUUAUGUGCCUGUCACGGUUAUAGCUUCAGUGCAUGUUUUUUGAUGAUUUCGAACGGAGAUUCCAAUUGUGUACGUUGUUACAUCUGUAAAUAAAACAAGAACAUGCCAAAGAAAAAGACCGGUCAACGUAAAAAAGCAGAGAAACAGAAGUUGCGCCAGAAAGAAAUACGGGCCGCUCGCGAACAUGUAGAUUUAGCUCAACAUCCCUGUAACGUUGCUAUGGAGUGCGACAAAUGUCAGAAAAAACAGAAGACACGUGCAUUUUGCUACUUCUGUCAAGCUGUACAGAGACUCCCAACAUGUGCCCACUGUGGGAAAGUCAAAUGCAUGUUAAAGUCCGGAGAUUGUGUUAUUAGACAUCCAGGUGUUUACAACACGGGAAUGGGAAUGGUGGGUGCUAUAUGUGACUUCUGUGAGGCAUGGGUAUGUCAUGGUCGAAAAUGUCUCACGUCCCAUGCGUGCACCUGCCCUCUCAUGGAUGCAGUGUGCUUGGAGUGCGAGAGAGGUGUAUGGGAGCACGGUGGCCGGGUUUUCCGGUGCUGUUUCUGCCAAGGAUUUUUGUGCGAAGAUGACCAGUUUGAGCAUCAGGCCUCGUGUCAAGUUCUGGAAUCGGAAACCUACAAGUGUCAAUCAUGUAACCGCAUUGGGCAAUACUCGUGUCUCCGCUGCAAAACGUGCUUCUGUGAGGAGCACGUGCGGCGGCGCGGCGUGCGGUCCGCUGACCGGCGAGCCGCCCCGCCCUGCCCCAAGUGCUCCUACCCUACCGCGCUCACGGCCGACCUCUCCAUGUCCACCCGUUCUCAUCGCUACGGAAGACAAGGCACCGCACCAGCGGACGACGACGACGGCGACUACUCCGGAUAUGGAGAUGACGGCGACUACGGUGCUGCUGAGGGAGGAGAUUAUUCGUACUGUUCCUCUGAGUCCGACGACGAGGACGAUGACGACGAUGAAGACGACGACGAAGAUUCUGAUGAUGAGGAGGAGACUGCCGCAGAUGAAAAGGGAAAAGGGAAGUCUACUUCCUGAAUGGACUUUAAUGUACCAAGUGCUUAGA